CCUACUGGCAACUUACCUCAAAACUACCUGGGUUGCAACCCCAGCAGAAUUCAACCCAGAGUUUGAACGACACGCCCGUUCAUCUUGGCAUCCUCGAGCCCACGUUCAAGUGCUGGCUUGACCUUUGGUAGGAUUCGGAUCGACGGCAGCAAACACUCAUUUCAAGCUUCCAACAAACCCUACGCCAUCUUCUCAAAGCAGGCAACUCACCUCUCACUACUUCCUCUUACCAUAACGCAACCAAAGGCUUGUGUGCCCUCGUAAGGAUGAGCUUCGACCGCCCCCUCCGCGGAAGCUGUCAGUGCGGCCGCAACAUCUACAUCAUCCAGUUCCCCCAGAAUUAUACCCACAACCCAACAGCAACAACCGACCGAACCGCCAGAGUGCUCUUCCACUCGCACCCAUCCCAUUUCUUGGCCCUCGCGACCCCGCUCCCGUCCUACCUCCGCGUCCCGCUAUCCUGGUGCCACACCCUGACGGUGCCAUUCCACGCCGACGAGACGCGCGCCCAGAUCCGCCGCGUGUACGACGACGAGCUCCGCCGCGCCAAGCGCCACUUCUGCGGCUUCUGUGGCACCCCACUGUCGUACUGGUCCGAGGAGCCGAGCGGCGAGGCCGAGUUUAUACAGCUCACGCUGGGCAGCCUGCACCCUGAGGAUCUGGGGGACUUGGAGGAGCUGGGGUUGUUGGGUGAGGGUGGGAGUAGUAGUGCGAGUAGUAGGUCUGGGACUGCGACGCCUGCUUCUUCGUCUCCUUUGGCUCACGGGGGAGAGGGGGAGGGGGGAAAGGAGCGGGGCGGCGGACAGAUUGGGAUGUCAAGAGAUGCCGCCAUGGUUGGAACGGGAGGAGAGGAGAGCGAGGCGAGGACUGGUGAUGUGAUUAUGGGGAGGGUUGGCGCGCUGCCGUGGUUUGACACCCUGAUCGAGGGGAGCAGGCUGGGGAGAUUGCGCCGGGCGAGGGGUCGAGGCAUGAACCGGUUGGGGACAGUGAGGGUCGAGUGGGAGGUUGUUGAGUGGAGUGAAGACGAAGCUGCCGCCGAGAGUCCGAGGAAGCGGAAGCUGGAUGACCUAGAGGGGGAGGUCGAGGAAGGGAGGAUGGAAGGGGUGCAGCAGUGA